AUGUGGCUGGCUAUUCUCGGGACGACUGGCACCUGGCUGAUGUUGAAGCUGGUGGGAGCUCAGUUGCCUUGGCUGCGGUUGAGGGGACUGGGCGCGGCAGUGGUACCUGUUGUAGUUGAGGGGACUGGGAGCGGCAGUGGUAGUGUUGCAGUUGGGGAGUGGGAAGGGAAGGGGAAGAUGAGUUAUUAUUGGCCAGGGAAGCCGUGCACGCAAUGUCAUAAUAACUGUAAAAGGUCUGUAGUAUGUAAUUGCUGUCGAUGGUGUUGUGAAGAGUGUAAGGCUGGAAGAUGCAAUGAUUGUUGGUAUGAUUUUAAUUUCAAGCGCAAGUAUAGCAGCCAUUGCCAUCCUGAUGGGUGUGGUAAGAAAAAAAAAGAUUGUACCAACCCCAAAUGUGAUUGUACAUGUUGCAAAGAAAAACGUUCACGUGAACCCGCUGCCUCCGAAUCCCUUUCUUCCCCCGAUGCUCUGUCUCAGACCGCCAGUGAACCGCACUUGUCUGAUAUUCGCACUGAAGAAAGUUCCUCUGGCGAUUCUAAUGCAGAAGGCUCCACACCGUCCCCCCCUCCCUACUCCGCCAUCGCCGCCGUCAUCGUUUCCAUCAUCGUCGCCAUCAUCCUGCUCGACCUGUGCAUCUUCCGCUUCCCGGUGGGCCGCAACAUCCGCGAUUUCCUCGUACGCAAGAUACCAGUCUGCAUCGCGUUUUAUAAUUAA